AUGAAAUUUUCCGCAUCAAAAGUUUUUCUAGUUACUUUACUCGCUUUCACAACUUUCCUCUUAUUUGCUGAUGCAGAAUCAUUUCAACAUAAAAAUGGAGUAGAUGCUAAAGCAUUAUUCGAAAAAUUCAAAAAAUUCACAACAAAUACACCUUGCAAACCAAACGACGUUGCUUGUAUUGGUGGAAAUUUUGCAAAAUGUCACGAAACAUUAGACAAUGAUGGCAAAGUAGUAAAUACUUGGGCAAUUUCUCAAUGUGCAAAAGGAACAAAUUGUUACCCAUUACCUUUGGUUUUCUCUCCAGGAGUUUCUCUUGUUUGUG